UUGUAGUCAAUUUUUAUCUAAGAUAUUGUCUUUCUGAUACUUUUUCUCUAUGUUUAAAUGCUUUGCAUUUUCAAUCUUCAGGGUUCUCCAGAUUUAAAAGCAGCAAGAGAAGUUGCUGAUUAUCUUGGAACUCAUCAUCACGAGUUUCACUUUACUGUUCAGGAAGGCAUAGAUGCACUUGAAGUUAUCUACCAUAUUGAGACAUAUGAUGUGACCACUGUCAGAGCAAGCACUCCAAUGUUUCUUAUGUCUCGUAAGAUAAAAUCUCUGGGAGUAAAAAUGGUCCUUUCUGGUGAAGGUUCAGAUGAAAUCUUUGGUGGCUACUUGUAUUUCCACAAGGCACCAAACAAGGAGGAGUUUCACCAAGAAACAUGCCAGAAGGUAUUCCAUAUAAACUAUCUCUGUAUUGUUCUCUUCUCUUGUUUUUGUGCCAUAUGUUUAUGUACUUGCAGUAUUACUGGACUUAAUUUUACUACCGUUGAUGGCUAUUAUGGCUUCUUUUUCUUACUGAAUUUUUGUGACCAUUGA